AUGAUCACUGCACGCUACUAUCGUCUCUCUCAACUACAACGGACUUAUCAUGAACCAAGGUACGACUUCACAUCAUAUCGAAGCUGUCUAGGAGAGACUACGACGGACUCGGAUUCUCAAUCGGUACACGUUAAAGAACUGGGGAAACAUCCUAUAAUUUGUUUGGGAGCACCCGGAAACUCAGAAGGCAUAUCACGGUUUGGACAAGAAUUCACGGCGGCCAUGGAGAAUAACUUUGCAAACCCCUCAGAUUCUUGGGGAAAUCCCCCAUCUCUGGUUCCGCUAAUCAUUCCAACCUCCCCUGCCAUCCAUUGCACGCUUUCAGCAGCGAAUGCCGUACCCUCUGGCUCACCUUUCGCUUCCCACGCACUCUCCACGGCUUAUUUCAAGCCCUCUAUCAGCCACCAGCCCAUCGGCCGCCUCACAUACGCCUCAAACAGUCCAUCUCGAACCUCCCUAGUUACUCUUCCGGAAAGUAAACGCGGCCGCCUAAAAGGGAGCGCGAAAAUCAAGCCAGUGACAUACAGCCCACGUCGAAGACUCAGACGGCCUCCAUGA